AUGGGCGGUCACGCCUCAAAACCGGUGCUGAAGAACGACCUCAAAGCUCCAUUGGAAGUCAAAGCCGAUGACGGCACCUGGCAAGUUUUGUAUCCUGGGCGCAGCAUGGAUCUGGCGGGUCGGGGAGGAGAGGUGGAGGCGCGUCUCCGCGAGCCUCCGCAAGUCGCUUGCUGCGUCCCCGCGAAAGCUCUCCGUGCCUCCCGGGACCUCGGAGAAGUGACGCGCGAAGGGCGGCGCCGUGAUCUUCAGGAAGCUCGUGAGGCUGUGGAGGCACGCGAAAGAAAAGAUCAAGCCAAGAGGCGGCUAGCAAGCGCCGCAAAUGAGCAGGCCUUGAGGGCCGUGACAGAUGAGACGAGAGUUUGCAUAGGCUGCUGCGAAAUUUGUCUCCUGUUUGCAAGCCCUCUGGUGGUCCUCCUGUUCUUGGCACUCCUGACGCCCGGCAGCGAUCUGGCCGCGGGUCUCUUGGCAGGGUUGGGGGCGCUGCCGCUGGGCGCCUGGCUCGGGCAAUGGGUCGCAGAGCGGGCCUUCGACAAAGAUAAAGUCGAGGCCAACUUUGGAAGCCAAGCUCCAUGUUACGUCGCCGCCCUCUGGGUCCUGGGGCUGUUGGUCCUGCUCGCUCUGGCGGGGAUGACGGUGCAUCACUUUCUAGCAGGCUACUGGUGGACGGUUUUUCUGAUUUGGCCCGUGCCCUGCUGCUGCAGCGCUUUAGCGGCGAGCGCUGCUUCAGAAGAAGGAGGUGAGUAUGAAGACUUGGCAGAUGCGCGGCUCGAGGCAAAGAAGAAUGUCCUCGAGCGCGGCAUCGUCUUCAAGGGAGCUGUGAUCCCGGAGCCAGGCCGGAAGUGCAUCUGCUCCUGGCCAGGGAAGUAUGAGGGGGCGUGGGACCGCAUGGUCUCUGCAGCCAAAGGUGGAGCUGUGAGCGCAGCUGUGGUGUUCCGGACGGCACUUCGGAGUUCGGCCUCCACAGCAAAAUUCCACCAAGUGACGAAGUAA